AUGCUGGCUAUGUUCAAGGCACUCUCCUCACUGAUCCAAUCCUCCCCAGAAUACUGGCCUGUCCUGCAGCAUGAGCUCGAAUCGGCGAUUGAGAGUGCGCGCGCGGCGAAUAAGUACGACGAUCUCGCCAUUUUCCUCUUCCAGCUAGGCAACGCCAUGCACUAUCUUCGCAGGGAGGUCCCCGAUGAUUGCGCAAAGGCCGUGGGCUACUGGCGCGAGUGUCUCGCAACAGUUCGCGACAAGGUUCCUUCAGCAGACCAAAAGGGCCUUAAAUUUGUCGAAAAACAGGCGCUUGACCAUCUCAGCAUCGGUUAUUCAGAGACGGCCAUCCAUGCUGAGGGCGCCGAGCUUGCAGACAUUGUAGAAAAGCUGCAAGAAGCACACAAGGAGGACAGGCUCUCCUCAAGCGUCAAGUACGUGCUCGCGUCGCUAUACACAUCGAAAGGACAGCUCGACAAAGCACGAGAUCUACUUCGCUCUGAGAUGGUGACUGCUUUUAAUAUUCUCGUUGAUGAUGACAUUGGCAAUGACUGGCAGGGCUUCGUUGCAAUUCGGCACCUCCUAGCCCACACGGGAGACUAUGAGAAUGCCCGGAAAAUCUCUUUCCUGAUUCCAGCACGCAAGUUCAAUGGGGAAGUACUCAUGGCACUUUUCGCGGACGAAGAGCCUUCACUGGAAAUAGCCAGGGAGACAUUGGCCGCAGUCUACGAAAGAGAGUGCACCGGAGAUAGGACGGACGCCAGCAAUCUGCAGGCGGUUUUGGGAGAGGCACAGAGACUGUCAGCGGCGGCAGAGCCUGGCAGUGAGGAGGCUGCUAUCUAUAGCAAGGUGCUCAUGAUUCUUAACCAAUUCGACUAUCUGAUAGACAGCACCUACUCGUGCAACAAUUGCAAUCGGGAAUGGGAUUAUGAGAUGUGCUUUCACAUUUGCAAGUAUUGCCACUCAAUGGACCUUUGCGAUGUCUGCUACAAUGAUCUUCAAUCAGAUAACACCACCAAGGUUCUUAUUUGUAGCAAGCUACACGACUGGUGGGAGUUGGCGCCCUGGACGAUCGCUAGCUAUGUUCGCGCGUGGAAGAGAUUGAUUCCGGUGAAGGCUGAGGAUGGAAGUGAGGAGUUGAUCGACCCUUCGAAGUGGCUUGGUACUAUUUGUGAGCAAUGGGGGCUGUCAAAGUCGGACUGGAAUUUCGAGUAG